GUCCUAAUCUAUAUGAUGAAAAUGCAUAUGAAUAAAUGGAUAAAACAAUGUAAAUAUGCAAGAUAUCACGCAUCACCGCCAAAAUCCCAGUGAGGUAAACCAAUAAAACCUUCUCAAAAAAUGCAGGACUCAGGUUGGCCAUGGCUGAGACAUUGUUUCCUUUUGUCAUCCUUCUUCACCUCUCUCAGCUUUUAAGUUUUUAAAAGCUUUCAUUAGAUUAAAUCAAACAUUAAUCUCUUCUCCCUUAAACUUUCUCCUUCUUUAUAAUAUUUGUGUUGACUUUUUAUUAAUUCAAGAAAAUCCUUUGUCAAAAAAAAAAAGCAUGGAGAUCUUUUACUAUUUUCGGCAAAUGGACGUUAAUAGAUCUUUAUUCUUUAGUAUUUUCGGCCAAUGUUAAAAGAAAAAUUAUGACUUACAUACGCUAAAGAAAUAAUAGUGUUUUGGAUUUAAAUGAAGACAAAUCGUUUUCUCUCUAGGAUUUUCUGCACUGCUAAAACUCCGGUUCAUGCACGUCUACUCUCGGUAUAAUUAAUUACUAAUUGGACUAACCUAAAUCUAUGACAAAGUCCAAACAAAGAAAAUUUUGAAAAUAAUGCUAAUUUUUCAAGAAUGAUUCAGUAUCAGAUUGUAAAAUUUAGAAAAGUAAGUAUUUGACUUCCUCAAAAAAAAUUAUAUUUGACUAGUAUAUCAAAAUGGUAUUAUUUGAGUUAUAAUAAUCGCUUGGUCGACCAGUAUGUCUUCAGAUGGAUCAGAAGUCAUAACCUUGAGUUCUUUUUUUUGAACAAAGUUUAUCUUUGGUUCUUCUCUCUUCCUUUUCACCUUCCUCGCAACCUUGAGUUCUCUCCUACACAACAACAACAAGAAGCGUCUUACAUUUACAAGAUCGCUUAUUCUGGAGGAGACUUUUGUUCGUCACUCGUCAAAAGAACCAUCCUCUGGUUCACGUUAAUCUGUCAUAGACUAUAUAUAUAUCGUAUAGAUUCGCAGGUGAUCAUGUCUUCUUGUUCCACUUUCGUGUUCCUCUUCCUUUUCUCCUUUCUCACAAGCUUCAGAGCUUCUGCUCAAGAUCCCACUUAUACAUACCAUGUCUGUCCAAACACCACAACUUUCACCAGAAACAGCACUUACUACACCAAUCUCAGAACCCUUUUGUCUUCUCUCUCUUCUCCCAACGCCUCUUACUCCACCGGUUUCCAAAACGCCACCACCGGGCAAGCCCCCGACGGAGUCACCGGACUUUUCCUCUGCCGCGGAGAUGUCAUGCAGGAAGUUUGCCGUAGAUGCAUCUCUUUUGCCGUCAACGACACGUUAAAGAGGUGUCCGAACGAGAGAGAAGUGACGCUCUAUUACGAAAAGUGUAUGCUCAGAUACUCUAACGGGAAUAUACUCUCGACCCUGAACACCAGUGGAGAACAUCACAUGUCUAACGGCGAGCGUAUUACAUCGAACCAAACUGGGUUCAGAGACUUGCUCUUAUCCACGAUGAACCAAGCCGCCACCUUUGCAUCGAACAGUUCUCGAAAAUUCGAUACUGUAAAUGCCUUCGCCAAUUCCCAGACUCUAUUCGGACUGGUUCAGUGCACUCCUGAUCUGACGAGCCAAGAAUGUUUCCACUGUCUAAAUUGGACCAUCAAUCGAUUGCCCAUUGACAGCGUUGGGGGAAGAGUUCUUGUGCCGAGCUGUAAUUCAAGAUUCGAGCCUUACAAGUUUUACGAUGAAACCGACGUUCCAACACCUCCGCCACCAAGGCCGGGAGAAGGCAGAAACUCCUCUGUCAUAAUCAUCGCUGUUGUUGUUCCAAUCACUGUUAUUUUUCUGCUUCUAGUAGCUGUUUUCAGUUUCCGGGCAAAGAGAAAAGGGGCAGUUUAUGAGACUGAACCACUGGCUGGUAAAGGCUCCAGUAGUCCAGUGAUAAUCUAUCCUGAUGAAGUUGUUUCGACAGAUAGGGACGAUAUUACAACUGCAGGCUCACUUCAGUUUGAUUUUAAGGCAAUCGAGGCAGCAACGGAUAAUUUUUCCGAAGGCAACAAACUCGGUCAAGGUGGUUUUGGCCAAGUCUACAAGGGAACAUUUCCUAGUGGAGUACAAGUUGCGGUGAAGAGGCUAUCAAAGAUAUCAGGACAAGGUGAAAGAGAGUUCGAAAACGAAGUUGUUGUUGUGGCAAAGCUUCAGCAUAGAAAUUUGGUAAGGCUGUUUGGGUUUUGUUUGGAAGCAGAAGAAAAGAUACUUGUAUAUGAGUUUGUGCCCAACAAAAGCCUUGAUUACUUCCUUUUUGACUCUACGAUGCAAAGCCAGCUAGAUUGGACAAAAAGAUAUAAAAUCAUUGGAGGAAUCGCUAGAGGGAUUCUAUAUCUUCAUCAAGAUUCACGACUCACAAUCAUACAUCGUGACCUCAAAGCGGGUAACAUCCUCUUGGAUGCCGAUAUGAACCCCAAAGUUGCAGAUUUUGGAAUGGCAAGAAUUUUUGGAAUAGACCAAACAGAAGCCAAUACAAGAAGAGUAGUUGGAACCUAUGGUUACAUGUCUCCAGAGUAUGCCAUGUAUGGCCAAUUCUCUAUGAAAUCAGAUGUGUAUAGUUUUGGGGUUUUAGUUCUUGAGAUUAUAAGCGGCAAGAGGAACAGUAGCCUCUUUCAAAUGGAUGGUACUGCUGGCAAUUUGGUUACAUAUGCUUGGAGACUCUGGAGCAAUGGAUCACGGUUAGAGCUGAUGGAUCCGUCCUUUCAAGAUAACUAUGAAACAAACGAAAUUACCAGGUGUAUCCAUAUCGCUUUAUUGUGUGUUCAAGAAGAAGCUGAAGAUCGUCCAACUAUGUCAGAAAUCGUCCAGAUGCUCACCACUAGUUCGAUUUCUCUUGCCGUACCUCGACCACCUGGAUUUUUCUUCCGAAGCAGGCAUGAACAAGUAGGGAGAGCAGGUCCAUCUAUUGAUAUGUCUGCUCUUUGUUCAGAUGAUAAUGCGUCCAUUACUAGGGUAGAUCCUCGUUGAAGACAAAAACAACACAUCAACGUAAAUAAGAUAUGAUUCAGGACUAUUAUUGUUGUAUGCAUCGACAAUGAACAAAGAUUCUUCUAAGCUAAACUGUUUCCAUUUUCCAUAUUUUUUUAUGCGCUCGGCAAGUAAGUUAAUGAUACUCUCUGUUUUAUA